AUCCGAUUGUCAUGUCAUGACGGCGAAUCUAAGUUGGCGAUUGUUACCGAAAAGAAUCGCGUAAUUCACGUGACACCGUUUACGCCGUAAAUGUCAGUAACGUCGAUACAUUUUGACAGAAAAAUAUCUUCAUUCUUUAACAAAUCAUUCCACGGGAGAGCCGCUUGAUAAAGAAAGUAGAAGUUUUAUAAUGAUCUAUGAUAGACUGACAUAAUACUAUAUUAUUUUUAUACAACUAACUAAAGAUGCGAUGGACUGAACGUUGGGUUAAUAAUUGAAUAUCAUCAGAAUUAAAUUUAUUGAUAACAAAUAACAAUAAAACUAAAAUGUGGAACUUACAGAAACUAUCGUAAACUAUACACUCCUGUGUGAAAAGUUUUAAUUUAUCUAAUACAAUACUUUUAUAUAUCAAAUAUUUGAACUUAUAAAAAGAUUUGUGAAGAAACAUUAUUUCGCAGAUAUAUUCUCUGGAUUUAAAAAUGACUUUCCUUCCCGGAUUAACUCUGUUGGUUUUAAUAGUGGCUGCUGUUGAAGUGCAUGGUCAAGCUUGUCCAGAAGGCGUCAAUGUUGCUAAGAUGUGUGUACCUGGAACGUACUCCGGAGAAAGAGUGCUUAUAGAUACCGCAUCAUACGACCCGGCUGUUAGUAACUGUUCGUGUACAUUUGGAACAAACUCCAGCGUCAUGAAACUCGUCACCUACGUGGCUCCUAACUACCCAGAAUGCAAUUCUGCGAUAAGGCUGUACUCGUCGUCAGGAAACAGUAUACGGUUUCAAUGUUUAAUGUCCGGAACCUACCUUGAUACGUCACAAUACAAUGCUGGUGUUGCGACGUUUGAGACGUAUUCAGACUUAUACGAUAAAAACUACUGUCUCGUUCUGGAAAUUGCUGGACGAAUCGAUGAUACGGUAACAGUGUCAUGCACUGCAGACAUAGAGGAAGAAUUUUCUUCAACUACACCAUCUAGCGUUCAGGAUAACUCAAAUGUUAUUAAUGACGUAAUAAUUGAAAGUAAUAGUACAAAUGCAGAUGUCUCUAUGAACUAUUCAACAACAGCAAAUGAGAUGAGCUCUCCGAGUAUGGACAACACGGCAACAACAGAUCAAACACCACAACAAACAACACAACAAACGACUGAAACAGCAGAGGUUAUUUCAACAAUGCCAGCAACAGUUGCAUCAUUGAUACGAUCAGAAAAUAUAACUACAAAUGCAGCAGGAUUAGCUAUAGAUAUAACUGAUGCAACCCUUAAAUCAAUGGAAAAAAUAUCAAAAGUUACAAUAACUGGUGCGAUAUCAACAGAUGCCACUUCACGGGCUUCAGCUAUCAAUGCGACAGUAGCAGACAUUGCAUAUGAAAGUACCACAGCUGGAACGAUAUCAACAGAUAGAGCUUUGUCUGUAGAUUCAACUGUGAGAUCAGUGAUAACUGAAACUAUACCCGCAGCUUCACAUGCCGAAGUGGUUCCAUCAGAAGCAGUUUCUGUAGUAUCUGGUGCAGAUUUAUCAAUGCGAUUUUCAGGCGACAUUAACACAGUUAACAAUUCAAGUGGUGACCUUUCCCUGUCUUCUAAUGCAUCAUUCACACCUCAUGAUUUAGACAUUGUGUUCACAAGCUCUGCAGACAAUAGUACCAACAAUACUAAUUAUACAUCACACAUUGAUUCUGUUGAUAAUUUACACUCUCUUUAUGAUAAUAGCAUAUCAGAUAUAUCUGAAACAAAGACUCAGGGUGAUUUAACAACUUUAUUGACUGGUACAGUUCUUUUCAACAGAGGAGGAAGCGGUUUAUCAAAAACCAUACAGAAUAUUGGCUCAGUCCAGGCAGAUAUUCUCAAUGAUAGAAUGGUGGUUCAAGAAAGUACAACAACAUACAAACCUGAAACAACUACGAGAGUUCCCAUUUCAAAUUCAGUGAAUUCAAAUGAAAUUUCCAAUUCACUAAAUUCGAACACUGAUUUAUUUUUAAAAUCUGAUGUUACCGGGACAACAUUGCCAGUAGACAUAUCAAAUUCAUUCAAUAUGGGCGCCGGUGCUUCUGUCGAAUCUGACAUUUUCAGCAUGUCAAGUAACUCAUCAGAUGCUAAUGACAGCAACUAUUCACUGAAAUUUCCAGCUCUUGAUCCAGUGAUGAUCUUAUCGAAUCAAAGCACAGAGAACACAACUGAUGAUCUUACAAGUUCAUAUGCCUAUAAAACACACAACGAAAAUGACACUUUAAUUCUAAAUAUUAAUUUGAACAGUUUUGUCAAUAAUAAAAGCAUCAGUUCUAUUGAGACAAACGCUGUUAAUAAUAGUGUCAUGAACAUUCAACAAUUCGACAAUCAUUCUAACAAUUUUGCUGUAACAUUGGAAUCAUCAACUUUUCAAAGCAAUGCUACUGAUGACACUUUACUCAGUACCGAAGUUACCAAUAAUGCAUUACGUACAUCCCCUUACACAACAAACGAAGCACGUUUAAUUAUGGAAAGCUCAGAACCUAUCGAUAUUAUUGCAAAUAUACCGAUGAAAAUUCCAUAUGUAACAGAAAAUACUACGCUUCCAAUGUCAAGUGAUUUUAUAGUUCAAAAUGAAAAUAAAACUAUAAAUGAAUCGAAGCAAGACAGUGGUAAUUCUGUUGUUAAUGUCACGAGUAAUGAAUUAUAUCCAACAACACUUCCUGGAUUUCAGUUUGAAAUGACAGAUCCAACAGUCAAUAAUCGUUCACAAGAAUUAUUACAGGAAAUGGUAAAUGAACAAAACAACCAAACACUACAUAGUGAUGUAGAAACAAAUGUCCAUAUCUUGAUGGAAUCAUCAACAGUUGGUAGUUUAGCCAAUCACAUGAAAGACUCAAAUGAUAGCUUAAAUGACACAUUCAAUGGCAGUCUGAACUUCGUCUCUGAUCCACUGACAGUUCUGAGCAUGGGAACAACACCAAGGUCACUAGAUUUGAUUGAUAAAGAACAAUUAAGUCAAAACGCAACAGUAAACGACACUGAUGCAUCAAUAAUGGAUAUAUUCACCGAAUCUCAAGCAAGUAACUUUUCGGGAUUUGAAAAUAGGUUCACAAAUACUGGAUUCGAAAAGAGAAACACUUUUGAAAGUUCUACGUACAAAAUGCCAGUUGAAAAGAAUGUCGAAAAUCGUUCUGACAUUGUCACAGAUCACAACUCUGGUUUAAUCGAAUCUUCAAAUGAAACAAUACCAAUUAUUGAUAACAAUAACGUUCCCUUACAAGCUUCUCACGACCAAAGUAACAUAUCAAUGUACGAAGUAAAUGCAACUGAAUCUAUGAGAUCUUCUUUCGACAAGGCAUAUACAUUUUUCCAAGAUAAGACUGUAGAUCAUUUGUCUGCAUUACAUGAAAACAAUGGGACUUCAGAGUCUUAUUUCAAUCAAACCGAUACGGUGUUUGACCAAGAAGCAGUUGCCUUUGCAGAAAAAACUUCAUUGCCUGUCGACGGUUCUGACAAAGUUACACCAGAAAAAAGAGAAAUGAAUGUUAGUAAUUUAUCUAUAACAAACAAUAUCAGUGACCCAUAUCAUGUCAACAAGACAGACACAAUACUAGAUAUUGCUGAUGCAAUUAUUGACAACUUUACAAACAGUCAUAUUGAAGAUGUACAAAAUUUAAAUAACGUUCUUUAUCAAACUAAAGAUGAAAGUGUUACUCAAAGAACAUUUGUUCCAGAUGCGACUACAAUAGCUGAUGAAAGUCUGUCGUCGAGUGAAACUGCACCAAUACUUAAAGAUGCUAUUGAUUCUAUGGCAUUCGCUCAUCGCCUGAAUGGGUCUGUACCUGAAAUAAACGUUACAGAGGAAACAAUGACACAAAUGAUGGAAGUUGUUACGCUAAAAGCUGAUAAUUUGACAUUUGUUCAUCGGAUUGAUGAAACUUUAUCAAAAAGUGAACAUUUACCACAGAUAAAUUUGACUGAAACAUCAAAUAAUGUUGUUGAACAGGGACAAUAUUUGGCUGAUGAAACAGCAAUUUCUCAUUCAUUCGACGUUCCAGAAAAUGUAGUGACACCAGUGCAAAACGAAACAAACGUUAACAAUAUGACAAUCGCUCAGCGCUUAAGCGAGUCAGUAUCUGAAAUUAACGUUACCGGAACCACAUCAACACAAAUGCCAGAUGUUGUCACAGAAAAUGUUGAUACUAGUAAUUUAACAUUCGUCCAUAACAUUGACGAAACCUUAUAUAAAAGUGAACAUUUACCACAAAUAAACGUGACUCAAGCAUCAUCUAAUAUUAUUGAAAAUGGGUCAUAUUUGGCUGAUGAAACAACAAGACCGUAUUCUUUUGAUGUUCCAGCAAGUUUAGCGACAACAGUUCAAAGCGAAACCGACAUGAACCGUAUGACAUUUGUUCAUCGUUUAAGCGAGACAGUAUCUGAAAUAAACGUAACAGAAAUAACACCAACACAAAUGCCGGAUGUUAUCACAGAAAAGGUUGAUACCAGUAAUUUGACAUUUGUCCAUCGCAUUGAUGAAACUUUAUCAAAAAAUGAAUAUUUACCAAAAAUGAACUUGACUGAAACAUCAUCUAAUGCUAUUGAGCAGGAACAAUACUUGACUGCGGAAACAGCAGCUUCUUAUUCAUUUGAUGUUCCAGCAAGUAUAGCGACACCUGUCACAAACGAAACAGACAUUAACAAUAUGACAUUGGUUUAUCGUUUAAGCGAGUCAAUAUCUGAAUUAAACGUUACAGAAAACACGCCAACACAAAUGCCGGAUGUUGUCAUGGAAAAUGUUAACAAUUUGACAUUCAUUCAUCACAGUGAUGAAAUUUUAUCAAAAAGUGAGCAUUCACCCCAAAUGAAUUUGACCCAAAUAUCAACUAAUAUUGACCAGGGGCAAUAUCUGGCUGGAGAAGCAGCAACUUUACAUUCAUUUGAGUUUCCAGCAAUUGGAGCAACAUCUGUGCAAAGCGAAGGAGACAUUAAUAACUUUACUUUUGUUCCUCAUCAAAAUGAGUCUACAUUUGAAACAAACGUUACAGACAACACACAGAUGUCAGAUGCUAUCAAAUCUGAAAGGGUUGGUACAUUCAUCCAUGACAUUAAUGAAACAUUGUCAAAUGUUGAACCUUUAUCAGAGAAAAAAAUUAUGACACAAACUUUGACCAAUACAGAUGAGCAGGCAUCAUUCUUUGACACAACACACACUUCUUUAUCUGAAAUUAAUUUAAGAGAAAACACUCCUAUAUUGAUAGACAGUGAAGUUAGUCAGUUAUCAUUUGUUAAUCGGCUAAGUGAGACCUCUAUUCAAGAUGUCGCCACGGAAUCUACACCAGACAGUAUUACUGAAAAUGUGAAUACAAAAUUUACCGGUCUUGUGGACACUAAUUUACUAAGCGUUGCACGUCAAGAAACAAGUACAAGUAUUUCAUCUUCUUCGUCCAAUUUACAUGGGACUGCUUUAUCAGAUCAAACAACAAGUACCGACAGGAUUGUAAAUGAAUAUAUGAUUGACAAUAGCAUUGAUCAGCAUAAUGUACUUUCUUCCACCGAUGCAAUGCCUUUUGACAUCAUCCAAGGGAGUGUUAAAACAACAACACAAAAGACGCCAAAUCCAACCACAGUUUUCAUACCAACAACCACAUAUACUUUUAGAGAAGAUAUUCAAACUGACAGAUACGAACGUACAACACUUAAACCUUCAUCUACACGUUCUAUAUCAGACAGUUUCACGGAAAAACAAACGACUUCAGCUACAGAUAUUACCUCAAACAAUGUUGAAGAUAUGAUUGUAGGAGAAUUCGUUAAGAGUGUACAUGCUGGUAUUCCUAACAAUAUAGGUAGCAUAACGGAAUCUUCAGAUACUGCUGUACUUCCUGAUGUUUUAGCCGACAUCGAAAAGCAAAUUAUUCUUGGAAUAAAGGAAAGUACUCCAUCGGUUCCAGAAUUAUUUAGUACAUCCACACACAAGACAGUAGAAAAUAUGUCAACUUCUGUUCCGAAGUUGACCGCCGUUAAUACACAGGAUAGAAGUGGUACAGUUAACGAAGAUAUUCCUGAACCUAUUAUUCCAAAGAUUCCAUCAAAUGAAGUCAAUAAUGAACAAGUUACACCAAAGAAAAACUUGGACAUGGUAGAGGGGAAAGUUUUGGUUGAAGAUACGUCUCGAACAAUGCCUGAUAAAGCUGGUGAAAGUGGAAUGAACGUUUUUUUCGACACUGGAAAAAGUAAAAGUUCAGCGUUUGAUAUGAAUAACGACACAUACAUAAUUGUUGUCGGUGCUAUUGUUGGUCUCGUAGUAAUAGCUGUAGUAAUCGGAGUAUUUUGUCAUAACGGAAGAAAAAGGCGUUCUGAAAAGGUUAACAUAAGCGGAAAUAACGCUGAAGCACCAAAUCAUCAGAAUCAGGCAUUUGAUAACGAGGCCAUGAACGACGUACCAGGGAGCACAGUUACACAAAAUGGCGGUGGAUCACCGGAAGUAAAUGGCAGCUCAAGUGCUGAUGCCAAAUCAGAAGAUGUUCGCAAUGGCAAUGUUGAAUUAUGAUAGAUGUGCAUAUUUGUUCUUGUUGUUUAUGUUAUAAAAUAUUUAUAUAGUGCUGAUCCAACAAAUUGUCGCAUACAAACAUUACACAUUAGAUGUGUCAUAAGGUUUUCUUGUAGUAUACAAACUCGAAUUCUUCUUUUGAUGUGAUUUCAGACAAAGAUAUAGCUAUAACUUAUUUUAAGAAAUUUUAAUAAUAUGGUUAUGAAAUACGGAAGUGUACUUACGAGUGUGAACCGAAGCUGGAAUUUCUACCGAAAAUGAAUGAAAACUGAGAAAUGAUGUAUCUAUUAUCGUUGCAAGAUGGACAAACGCGUAUCAGUCAUAGCUUACAAUCUUCCAGAUAACUUUAACAUUUAGGAGUAACGAGGGGGGGGGGUCGUUUUUGUUCAUGUGAGAUAAAGAUAGUUACACGGAUGUCUUAUCCGUGAUAUCUUAUGUGUGUGAACCUAAACACAAAAUCAUUGACACUUGAAAUAUAACUAGUAGAAUUUGAAAGUCGCAUGAAAUCUUAAAGGCAGAAUUGUUUACUUGUUAUUGAAUUAUAUAUGCUAUUUUUACCAAAUAUAACAAUCAUUGUAAUAUAAAGAGCAAAGUUAUUCAGACCUUAUUUAUUUGCUUCUCUUGAGCAUUGAGGGAAAUAUCCUAAAGGAGUCAUUUAUACACACAUUAAGAAAGAAAGAAGUUAAGGUGGGCUGGCUAUCACAAUGCUUCACAACAUAAUAACGUAACGUUAGAUUGUAUUUUUUAAAACAAUGCUUUCAAUUUCAGAGGCGUUAUAGCAUGAGUCUUUUUUAUCAAAGUUAAUGGACAUAUUUGCUUUCAUUACAUGUAUUCUAAAGCAUACUUUAUGAUUUAAAGAUAUAUGACAUUUUGUAUUGUAAUUUGUUCAUUUCUUUCGUGUUUUAUAUAUAUAUUUAAUGUCCAUAACUUGUUUCUAUUAGCUGCUGCAUGCUUGCUAUGCUUGGUUAAACGACCCUAUUGUACAUUAAUGUACAUAACAUUUGUAAAUAUAUUUAAGUGCCUACAUUUAACAUGUUUUAAAUAUGACUUGAAAA